GUUCGAUCGCAUGGACCUGCACAAGUUAAUAGAGAAGGUGAAGGCGGGCGAGUUUUUGGCGGAGGAGGAGCUGAAGGCCCUGUGCGACCAAGUGAAGGAAGCGCUGGUGGAGGAGUCCAAUGUGCAGCCCGUCAGCAGCCCAGUAACGGUCUGUGGCGACAUCCACGGCCAGUUCCACGAUCUCCUGAAGCUGUUUGAUACGGGGGGGCAGGUGCCCAGCACCAACUACAUCUUCAUGGGCGAUUUUGUCGACCGUGGGUACAACAGCUUGGAGGUGUUCACGCUGUUGAUGCUGCUCAAAGCCGCGCACCCAGCCCAUGUCACCCUGUUAAGGGGCAACCACGAGAGCCGGCAGAUCACCCAGGUCUACGGCUUUUAUGACGAGUGUCAGAGGAAGUAUGGCAAUGCGAAUGCUUGGCGGUACUGCACCGAGGUGUUCGACUACCUCACCAUCUCGGCAGUCAUUGAUGGCAGCGUGCUGUGCGUUCACGGUGGGCUGUCGCCCGAUGUGCGCACGCUGGACCAAGUGCGGAUGAUUGACCGCGUGUGCGAGAUACCGCAUGAAGGACCGUUCUGCGACUUGAUGUGGUCAGACCCCGAGGACAUUGACAGCUGGGCCGUGUCGCCGCGCGGCGCAGGCUGGCUUUUUGGGGGAAAGGUUGCCACCGAAUUCAACAUGGUCAACAGCCUGGAGCUCAUAUGCCGUGCACACCAGUUGGUGCAGGAAGGCUUGAAGUACAUGUUCCAAGACCGAUCCCUUGUGACGGUGUGGUCUGCCCCCAACUACUGCUACCGAUGCGGCAAUGUGGCAUCCAUCCUGUGCUUUGACUCAGCACUGGAGCGAGAGGUGAAGUACUUCACUGAGACUGACGAGAACAGCAACAUGAUGACCCCGCGUGCAGCCGUUCCCUACUUCUUGUAGCCCAUGUUUUUGAGAGGCUCUUGUGUGGCCUGGUUCACAAUUCCUUAUGUCGUUCUGCAGCCACCAAGCUAGCAUAGUACCCAUUCAGUUCCAGUAGCUCGGCGUGAGUGCCCGCUUCCAGCACUCGUCCUCGGUGUCGAAACAGCUGAACCCAGGGCAGCAAAAUAUCGAAUGCAUUCAUUAUGUGUUCGACUGAGUCCACACACAGUUCCCGACAUUACCUGCAAUUUUGUUGCAGUC